AUGCGUGGUCUAAAGCUUUUAGACCGAUUCACAAGUACCCAAGUCCACGCUCUCAAUCCUACAGACACCUCCAAUGGUAAAACCCAUGUUGGUGUUUCAAGAGCUAAGCUUAACAGUCACCUGAUUAAAUCUUUUGGGUCAAAUUCAAAGCCCAAAAGUUUCAACUCACUCUCUGUGACUGAAGCUCUUCUGCUGCCUUAUGGACUUCCUGCAACUGACCUGCUUGAACCCUCCAUAGAGCCUCACCUCAAGCCCGCUGAAUUUGUUGAAAUCUUAGCUGACCUCUAUCACCGCUUAGAGAAUUGCUCGUCUCAAUCUGAUAAAUCUUUGUUAUCUAUUGAGCAGUAUUCUCUCUUGCGCAGUCUUGGUGACCCCAAGCUGCUUCGCCGGUGUCUUCGUGCUGCUCGUCAAAAUGCUGUUGAUGUAAACUCUAAGGUUGUGCUUUCGGCUUGGUUGAGGUUUGAGAGGAGAGAGGAUGAGCUUGUGGGUAUGUCAGCUAUGGCUUGUAGUGGGCAAGUUCUUGAGUGUCCUAAGGUUGCUUUGGUAAAUGGGUUUGAUCCAAAUUUGGUUUCUGGUCAUUGCCAAUGCGAUCAUGACCCCAGUAAAGCAGUCAAUAUGCUUAUUUUUGAGGGCAAUGAGUGUGUGAGUUUGGAGGAGGAGGAGGAAAGUGAUGUUUCAUUUUGUAUUGGCAAUGUAGAAAUCAAUUGUGCAAGGAGUAAAAUUGCAUCGCUUUCUAGUCCUUUUGAGGCUAUGUUGUACGGAUGUUUCAAAGAAUCGAAAAAGGGUAAGAUUGAUUUUUCGGAAAAUGGGAUAUCUGUGAAGGGAAUGAGAGCUGUGGAAAUGUAUAGUAGGACUAGGAGAUUGGACUUGUUUAGUCCUGAGAUUGUUGUGGAGUUACUUUCUUUUGCAAAUAGGUUCUGUUGUGAGGAGAUGAAGUCUGCUUGUGAUGCUUAUUUAGCUUCACUGGUUGAUAACAUUGAUGAUGCAUUGGUUCUAAUUGAGUAUGGUUUGGAGGAGAUGGCAUAUCUUCUUGUAGCUGCCUGCUUGCAGGUAUUGCUGAGAGGGCUUCCCAGUUCUCUGUAUAAUCCGAAGGUGAUGAAAUUUCUUUGUAGCUCCAAGGUCAGGGAGAGAUUGGCCAUGGCAGGGCAUGGAUUCUUGUUGUAUUAUUUUCUAAGCCAUGUGGCUAUGGAGGAAAGUAUGGUAUCUAAGACAACUGUGAUGCUAUUGGAGAGGUUGGAAGAAUGUACAACUGAGAGGUGGCAGAAAACACUUGUGUUGCAUCAAUUGGGUUGUGUUUUGCUUGAGAGAAGAGAGUUUAAGGAUGCCGAGUUUCGUUUUCUGGCUGCAGCUAAGGCAGGACAUGUUUAUUCAGUGGCUGGUGUUGCAAGGACCAAAUACAAACAGGGGCAGCAGUAUUCAGCAUAUACAUUGAUGAGCUCUAUUAUCUCCGAGUAUAAACCCGCUGGGUGGAUGUACCAGGAACGUGCCCUCUAUAACAUUGGGAAGGAGAAGAUUUUGGAUUUGAGCACUGCAACUGAAUUAGAUCCCACUCUAUUAUUUCCAUAUAAAUAUAGAGCUGUCGCAAAGGCGGAGGAGAAGCAAAUUAGAGCAGCUAUUUUGGAGAUUGAUAGAACUGUUAGGUUUAAGCUCUCACCUGACUGCAUUGAAUUACGGGCUUGGUUCUUCAUCGCACUUGAAGAUUAUGAAAGUGCUCUCCGAGAUAUCCGUGUGUUACUAACUUUAGAACCCAAUUACAUGAUGUUUCAUGGAAAGGUUAGUGGGGAUUACUUGGUUGAGCUUCUCAGCCAUCGGGUUAAGCAAUUGAGUCAAGCUGAUUGCUGGAUGCACCUAUAUGAUCAGUGGUCGUCUGUUGAUGACGUUGGAUCUCUGGCAAUCAUACAUCAGAUGUUGGGACAUAACCCUGGAAAGAGUCUCAUUCAGUUUCGGCAAUCUUUGCUUCUUUUACGGUUAAAUUGUCAGAAGGCUGCAAUGCGCAGUUUGCGGUUGGCAAGAAAUAAUUCUGGAUCUGAGCAUGAGAGGCUGGUCUAUGAAGGAUGGAUUUUAUAUGACACUGGAAAUCAUACUAGCCUGGACUCUGAAUCAUCAUCUUAUGUUAUUCAACUGCUGGAGGAAGCUCUUAAAUGUCCUUCAGAUGGUCUUCGUAAAGGACAGGCACUAAAUAACUUGGGGAGUAUAUAUGUGGAUUGUGGUAAGCUGGAUAAGGCUGUGGACUGCUACAUGAGUGCUCUUGACAUCAAACAUACAAGAGCUCAUCAAGGGUUGGCACGUGUUUAUCAUCUUAAAAAUCAACGAAAAGCCGCAUAUGAUGAGAUGACCAAGCUAAUAGAGAAAGCACAAAACAAUGCAUCAGCUUACGAAAAACGGUCAGAGUACUGUGAUCCCGAGAUGGCAAAGACUGAUCUCAAUAUGGCAACACAAUUGGAUCCGUUGAGGACAUACCCAUACAGAUACCGGGCAGCAGUUCUGAUGGACGAACAAAAGGAGUCUGAAGCUGUAGAAGAGCUUACAAGGGCCAUUGCUUUCAAGCCUGACUUGCAAAUACUUCAUCUUCGAGCUGCAUUUCAUGAGUCAAUUGGAGAUGUAAGCUCUGCUCUCCAAGAUUGUCAAGCAGCUCUCUGCAUGGACCCCAACCACACAGACACUCUUGAUUUGUAUAAUCGGGCACGGGACUGA